GUCAUGUCACUUCUCUGAUCUGUGAUUAAAGAUGCCGCUGCUCCUGCUGCUGAUGCUGCUCCUCUCCUCCUCCUCCUCCGUGGAUCCGUCCGGGACAGGAGCACCUUUGCUGCGUACUUCACAGCUGGGCUCCUCCGCCUCCUCCUUCUCAGCCUCAUCCUCUCCGCCUCUGUCGCUCCUUUCCCAGACCGGCGCAGGACACGGGCCUCCCGGUGUCGGCUCGGCCCGCUCCGCUGCGGCGGUGGACGGAGAGGAGAAGGCGGAACACAGUCACGACCAUCACGGCGGCGGGUUCCAUGUGGUUCAGUGGGAAUGGAGCUACGUCCAGACUCCGUACAUCAUCGCCAUGUGGCUGCUGGUGGCCAGUGCAGCCAAGAUCCUGUUCCAUUUCUCUCAGCGCCUCACCACGGUAGUGCCGGAGAGCUGCAUGUUAAUCCUCCUGGGUCUGGUUCUGGGGGGGGUCGUCCUGCUGGCCAACAAGAGGCAGCUGUACCAGUUAGACCCCGCCCUCUUCUUCCUCUUUCUGCUGCCAACCAUCGUCGGUGAUGCCGGUUACUUCAUGCCGUCCAGACUCUUCUUCGACAAUCUGGGCACCAUCCUGACGUAUGCCGUGGUGGGAACGCUGUGGAACGCGUUCUGCUCCGGGUUCUGCCUGUAUACAGCCAAGCAGCUGGGGAUCAUAGAUGAGUGCGUCCAGGCCGACCUCAUGGACUUCCUGUUGUUCGGUUCCCUGAUCUCGGCUGUAGACCCGGUGGCGGUUCUUGCUGUUUUUGAGGAGGUUCACGUCAACGACACACUCUUCAUCAUCGUGUUUGGAGAGUCGCUGCUGAACGAUGCCGUGACUGUGGUUCUGUAUAAAGUCUUCAUUUCCUUUGUGGACGUCGGGCCACAGAACGUCCAGACAGUGGACUACGUUAAAGGCGUGGCCUCUUUCUUCAUCGUCAGCUUGGGUGGAACUUUGGUGGGCGUGGUCUUCGCCAUCAUUCUGGGAUUUGUCACCCGUUUUACUAAGAAAGUUCGUAUCAUUGAGCCUCUCUCUGUCUUCCUGCUGCUCUACCUGGCGUACCUGACCGCUGAGCUCUUCUCACUUUCUGCCAUUCUAUCGAUGACCUUCUGUGGCAUCGGUGCCAACAAAUAUGUGGAGGCAAAUAUUUCGCAGAAGUCUCGUACGACGGUGAAGUACACAAUGAAGACUCUGGCAAGCAUUGCUGAAACCAUCAUCUUCAUCUUCCUCGGUAUCUCUGCUGUUGACAAGACCAAGUGGGCGUGGGACACGGGCCUGGUGGCCUGCACGCUCGUCUUCAUUUUCGUCUUCAGAGCUGCAGGGGUGAUUGGUCAGACCUGGAUUCUCAACCGUUUUCGGCUGGUUCCCCUGGAAAAGAUUGAUCAGGUGGUGAUGUCAUACGGUGGCCUUCGGGGGGCAGUGGCGUUUGCUCUCGUCGUGCUGCUGGAUGGUGACAAGGUCAAAGCCAAAGAUUACUUUGUCGCCACGACCAUCAUUGUCGUCUUCUUCACUGUGAUGUUCCAGGGUUUGACCAUUAAACCUCUGGUAAGAUGGCUAAAAGUUCCACAGUCCACGAACAGGAAACCGACAAUCAAUGAGGAGAUCCACGAAAGGGCCUUCGACCACAUGCUGGCAGCAGUAGAGGACGUUGCAGGACUGCAGGGCUACCAUCACUGGAGAGACAAGUGGACGCAGUUUGACAAGAAUUACCUCAGUAAAAUUCUGCUGAGGAAGUCCGUGUACAGAAAGAGUGAACUGUGGGAAGUUUAUCAGAAGAUCAACAUCAGAGAUGCCAUCAGUGUCAUCGACCAGGGAGGGAACGUCCUCACGUCGGCUCGUCUCUCUCUCCCCUCAGUGGCUAGCAGAGCUUCACUUCCCGAGUUCACCACUGUCACUAAUUACCUGCGCGAAAACGGCAGCAGUGUGUGUCUAGACCUGCAGGUGAUCGACAACAUUCCUGGUGCCAAAAUGAAGGAAGACACCGAGACACAUCACAUGUUGGCUGAGAAUCUGUACAAGCCCAGAAAACAGUAUCAGUCCCACUACAGUCGUCACUUCAUGCCUGUGGGAGAGAAGGAGCGUCAGGACCGUGAGGUUUUCCAGAGAAACAUGAAGAUCCGCAUGGAGCGAUACAAGUCCACACGUCACAAACGACACAAGAAAGAACGCAGUCUCAAAAAGCAGCGUGGCUCCGACACUAAGGAGGACGGCGGUGGAGACAAACCCAGACGUAACGUCAGCUGGCAGGACAAAGACCCAGGGGGCGUGACAAUGGACAUAGAUGAGGACAAAGCCAAAAACUCUGACGAAGACGUCGGGAUCACCUUUGUGGCUCGUAAAGCUGAGACACCAAAACCGAGACCAAAGUCAGUCCCCCCUCCUCUAGAGAGGGGUCAGAGCCCGACUGAUGGUUAUCCCUCGCCUGUCUCUGGAGACGAUGUCCUGCCAUGGAAGGGCGGCAUGGGUAACUCACUGCCCUGUGUGUCUGUAGAAGCGACAAAGAUCAUCCCUGUGGAUCUACAGCAGGCCUGGAACCAGAGCAUCUCCUCGCUGGAGAGUGUCUCCUCACCGCCGGCUCCCCUAGAACACAUCCAACCUCGGUUGAGUGCCCUCUCCAGGCCGGAUGUCCCACGUCCAGCCUCAUACAUUCCACCAGGCAGGAUUGACAGAGGAACAACCUCCAACACAAAGCCAGUGCUGCAGCGCUGCUCUGGUAUACAACAGAAGAACAGAAAGAUGAAGGAGGAAGAGGAGGAAGAAGAGGAGGAGCCGCCAGAGACACAACCACUUAUGUUGUCCUUAAGACCGCCCACCACCACCACCCUGCCACCACCAGCACCUCCAUCAACCUCUGCCCCAGGCUCAGACAGGAACAGGAAACCCUCUGUUUACUUGAGAAAUCUGGGUGCGACACCUCCUAGUGGCAACAGUGAGCUUUGCAGUCGGCGCCCCACACACCUAUAGUGGGCGACCAACGCUCUCCAGUCACAGCCUCCAGCUCCACACACACACACACACACUUAAGGUUAGUUAUUUAACUUCAUGGUUUUCAGAUAUGAAUUCUGAAGUACAACUCAGCUAAAUUUUUUAUUUAACAAAAAAGAAAUCCCAUCUUUAGCUUAAAUUUUAAAUCACUCAUCCUCCAUUUAAUCGGCAAGUUAAAAAUACACAGAACAUUAAGUACCUGGGUUUUGUUAAUCCCCGGUGUUAAGAUCACAUGAUCCGAGUUUGGUUCAGGUUUCAAAUUUGUACUGAGUUUAAAUGCCACAUUCCCAAGUUUCAUUGUUUCAUUAUGUCUGGACUUAAUCCUGAAUCCCAAAUAAAGCAAUUUCGUCAAGAUAAAAAACAUGCUAAUUAUCUGCUUAAAGGUUAAAUCCUAAGAUUUCACUUUUCCAGGUUUAUUUCCGAAGGUAAGAAACAUUAUGAAACUCUGGGAUAAAAUAUUUAUCCAGAACCCAAAAGAAGAAAUCAGCAAGAAGAAAACAACAGAAACAGGAAAAGCAAUUCUCCGUUCACACAGAUAACCCCAGUCUCCUCUCUGUCUUUGUCCCUGUCUCUGUUUGGACCUCCUUCUAAACAGAAACAUUACCACCACCUGCUUCUCCAUCGCAGUGAUUGUUAAUGUCUGGGAAACUGACGUCAGCCUUGAGGUGAACUCUAAACUCAUCACUGCCUCCUGUACUGUGUACCAUCCAUGACAAAUGUGAGGGACCAAACCAGUCAUUGACAUGUUAAAGUCCAGUCUGGUCUGAAUGCAAAAUGAACGCAGAUCAAAUUUAAAAGACAGAGUCUGGAUCUGUUCAUUUACACAUUGCUAAGUCAACAAUGAAUAAAACUGUUUCUAGUUGCUGUUGAGAAAGUUUAAUGCACUUUUAAACCCAAUGUAAACAAAGUACUGUAAAAAAAA